AAUGUGGAGCUGGGAAGGGCUGCGUGUGCCAGGAACAUCCCACGGGAUGUGUCCGUCAUCGCGGUGUGUGCCCAUCCCAUCCCAUCACUCCGGCCCAGGAUCGCUCUUCCUGCAGAAUUCCAAGGAUUUCCUCGCCAUGACUCUGGCUGCCUACAAGGAGAAGAUGAAGGAGCUGCCCCUCGUCUCCCUCUUCUGCUCCUGUUUCCUGUCGGAUCCCCUCAACAAGACGACCUACGCCUACGAAGACACGGUGGAUCUGACCUGGUGCGUCAUCUCCGACAUGGAAGUGAUCGAGCUCAACAAACGCACCUCGGGCCAAUCCUUCGAGGUCAUCCUGAAGCCUCCCUCCUUCGACGGAAUUCCGGAAUUCAACGCCUCCCUGCCCCGCCGCCGCGACCCUUCCCUGGAGGAGAUCCAGAAGAAGCUGGAAGCGGCGGAGGAGAGGAGAAAGUACCAGGAGGCGGAGCUGCUGAAGCACCUGGCGGAAAAGCGGGAACACGAGCGGGAAGUGAUCCAGAAGGCCAUCGAGGAGAACAACAACUUCAUCAAGAUGGCCAAGGAGAAGCUGGCGCAGAAGAUGGAGUCCAACAAGGAGAACCGCGAGGCCCACCUGGCGGCCAUGCUGGAGCGCCUCCAGGAGAAGGACAAACACGCGGAAGAAGUGAGGAAAAACAAGGAGCUCAAGGAAGAAGCCUCCAGGUAAAGAGGCUCUGCUUGGACUGACAGCUCCGGGGAGGUGCCGGAGGCUUCCGCAGCUCCAGGUCGGAAUGGUGUGGGAAAAUGGUGGACGUUCCUCUGCUUUCUUUGUUCGUGGAUGUGGCGAGUCGAGGGGGUGAAGCCAUCGGAGUCGUCGUCGUCGUCGUUCCGGGGAGGGUGGGGAGGGAAGGGAUGAGGGCGGGAUUUUGGGAUGCCCACCCACGGAUGGGUCCCGCCCGUCAGCCAGGUCCGGAGGGGACAGCCGAGGGCUGAGGAGGUGAUCCCCGGGAGAAAUCCCGGGAAUACGGAGAGGGUGGGGAGGGAAUUGUGGGAAAUGUGCGUCGUGUGUGACUUUAAUUUGGUGCUGGGCAGGCGGGGCGGGCGGGAAUCCCUCCGGAGUCUUCUCCAUCCAAUCCCAUCCCAUCCCAUCCGUGGGCUGUGGCAUCUCUUGGUGUCCCUCCCUCCCUCGUUGCCGCCUGGAUUUGGGAUCUUUUCCCGGAUCUGGCAUUUUUUUUGCCCUGCCAGCACCGUUUUGGGAAGGGGGAGAAGUUUUUUUUGCCCACCACCACCGUUGGGGGUGGUCAGGGGAGUGAAAUUCCCUUGCUCCAGAGGUUUAUUCCCAGCUGUUGGAGGCGCCCAUGAUCCUUCCCAGGGGUGGCAUUGGAGAGCCCCAUGAAUUCCCAAAGAAGCUUUUUUUUUUGUAAGAACCGCCCAAAAAACAAUCCCGGUGGGAAUUCUUGGGUGAAAUCUCCCUUUCCGGCUGGAAAACCAUCAGCUCCCGGAGAUGGAGCAGCAGGAGAAGCCAGGGCGGGGCCGCAGAGACCGCGAUGGAAGGGAAUGAGGGAAAAUUCGGGAAAAAAGGUGGAGGUGGGAUGGAGCCCUGCGGAGAGCAGGGAGAAAUAUCCGUGGGAACCCCUUGGGGACAGCGGUGGCACCUCCUGGUGACACCAGGGACGGUGGAAAACCCUCCCAAUAUCCCAGGAGAUGCUUUUUUGGGAGCUGCCAUGCCAUUCCUGGGGAAUCUUUGCCUCCAGGAAGGGCGGGGAGAAGGAAGAUUGGGAUUUUCCGGGGGGGGGGAAAGUGGGAAUUCCCUGCAUUCCCAGCUGCCAGCUGGAAGCGUUCCCAGUGCUGCGGCACCCCCCAGAAUUCCAACCCGGAUGUGAACGAAGGGUUUGGGUCUCCGCUAUGUCUGGAUAAGACAUUCCGAGCUCCGAUCCGGGUCCGGAGGGAGUCGCGGCUCUUUCCCGGUGCCAGGAGUUGCCCACCCUGAUCCCGGAGCCCCGGGGAGAAUCCUGGGAAAGGGGGAAAAAAUGGGAUUGGGGACGGAUUGUGGCACGAGCUGUCCUUUUUUUUGUACACAACGGAUGUAAAUAAAACUGCCUUGGCCUUUCCUUUGGUUUCCAUGA